AUGGAUGAAGAUGCUGAGAAAGAGGUGGAUGACUAUGGAAAAGAUGAUUCUGAUGAGAUAUAUCCUCCAGGAUUUGGUGGAUAUCCUGGAAUUCUUUGCUUUAAGGAUGUGGGAAUCCUUUACUUUAAGGAUGCAGGAAUCCUUCACUUCAAGGACACAAAUGAGGGCUGUGAGUUAACGUCUUUUGCUGUGCCAAGGAAAAAGCUCUUCUUGCAGGUCUUGCUCAAUGCAGAUGCAGAGUAA